UUUCCCCUCUCCCCUUCUCAGAAUCAACAGAAAGUUAUAGUUAACCACACUUCAAAACUUGCCACAUUGUUAGCUUAUUUACGUGUUUCUAUGGUAUUUAAAAGCUUUAAUUGUGUUGAAUGUGUAAUUAACAUAAAAUUGUGGAAUCUGAUAGCAAUCGAGGUAAAAGUUUAAAGGAAAUUACCUUAAAAGUGUUUGAAUUUUGACUGACUACUCAUAGCUACUUGAGGAUUGUGUUGUGUUUUGUGUAGGACAAAGCAGGAAGAUUUUUGUUUAAUCUUGUGAUAACUAUAAAGGUAAAAGUUUCAAAGUCAAGUUUUACAGUUUAAACUGUUGUUCUUGGAUUUCACAAAUUACUCUCACUUUUGAGUUUUGAGGAUUAUUGUGAACAAAGUCUGAUAGUAUCCUACAUACGAUAACUUGAAUAAAGUUCUUGUGAUUAGAACUAAAGACAAAAAUUCUACUAGAGGUGGACAGUUCUAAAGUUAGUUACGGUUUACAAAGUUGAUUACUUCGAUUUUGUUUUGAAACUGCAAAACUAAGUUAGGCAUUUUAUACUUGCACCAGAGGUGAUAUUUCUUAGUUUAUUUUUGUGUUUUGAAGCUGCCCAACUUCGUAGCUUACUCUAUACUUGCACCAGGUGAUAUUACUACAUUUCUUUUGUGUUUUGAAGCUGCCCAACUUCGUAGCUUACUCUAUACUUGCACCAGGUGAUAUUACUACAUUUCUUUUGUGUUUUGAAGCUACCAAACUUUAGUACACCUUCUUUAUACAAUUGCACUAGAGGCGACAUUCCUUAAUUUUUUUGAGUGUUUAUACUUGCAACAUGGGUUGUAUAAUUGGAAUCCUCGGCUACAUCGCCCCCUGCUUCCCAACCUGCGUAUCUACCGUGGGAGGUUGGCUAGGUUUCAGCGCGGUAGGCCCAGUAGCUGGCUCCGUGGCGGCGGGGGCCCAAGCGGCCGUGGGGAGUGUAGCGGCCGGAUCUGCGUUUGCUGCCGUUCAGUCGGUUGCUAUGACAACGGCCGCUGUUUCUACGCCUUGGUUGGUUGCAAUUGGGGGCGCCAUUGCUGGUGCGUUUGGAGGGUUGGUGGCCAUUUUCAAAUAAUCAUUUCUGAUUAUCAAAAUUGGUUGGCCUAUCUGAUUUAUAUAUAAUUUCUAAUAAUUUGUGUUGAACAGAACAUGUUUUUUGUAUAACGUACUAAAAUUUGUGUUGACAAGAACAGUUUAAUAUAAAUAAAUCAAAUUAUAGAAUUCUAAUCUGAUUUUUACCGUACAUAUUUUGAAUUCUCUUAUAAGGCAAUAGGCCUAUAAAACCGUCCUGAUAACUUUUGUAAUGUAAUUUUUGACAAGGUACCGUACCGUAUGCACGGUAGCCGCCGUAGGUACGGUAGGCAACGUAGCCACCUAUUUUCAAGUGAUCAUUAUUUUCUAAUAAUCUUCUGCAGGCCUAUCUGAUUUAUAUAAAUUCAACUGUAUUCUUAUAUGGCAAUUGAUUUGACUAUUUAAUAAAAGUGUCCCAAUUUUUUGUAAUACCUAAUUUUCAUACGUACCCUACAUAAUUGUUUAAAAAUAAAUAGGCUAAUAAUUAAAUGAUAUUACCAACCUUUUUACUAGUAGGCCUACCAUCUAGUAUUAUUUUAAAUCAAAUCAAAUCUUUAUUUGUCCCAAAAACAUAAUUACAAUGACAAAAAUGGUUAUAAAUGAAAAAAGUAAAAUACAAUAUAAAAUGAAAAAGAAAAAUACCAUUAAUAGGAUUAUACAUAACUAUAUUAAAAACGGGAAGUCCCUGCAAGGUUCGAGGAACCUGAGCGCAGAGGCCGAGUGUUCAAUGCUUAACAGUAUAUGAAAAUAAUAAUGGGAUAUUAUUAAGAAAUAGGGAAAAGAAAAAGUGAGUAAGGAAGGGAAGAGAAAGAGCAGAGUGAAGGUAUAGGGGAGAGUAAAGAAUAGUUGAAGAUUACAUAAAAAACAUGAGAGUAAAGUAACAAUAUUACUGUAUAUUGUUAUUGAUUGAUUAAGGUACCGUAUGCUACUUAAUUGUUCUAUCUCAAAAUGUGUUAUCUUUAGUACUACUUAUAUAAUUGUUAUAUAAGGUACCUGAAGCUGCGUUUACACCAAAGUUGUUAACAAAAUGUUGAUUAACUUAAUCCUUAUAGAUUCUAUUAGAUUGAACAUAACUUAUUAUACACAUGUUUGUCAAGCUUCGUUCAAUUUAAUACAAUAUAGUAAGGAUGGAAAAACAAGCAUAUUGUUAAUAACUUUGGUGUAAACGCAGCUUUACUUUAUUGUUCAUUAAAAACGUUCUGAGUUUGUAACCAGUUGUGAUUUGUCGAGUGGUAGCUAUUUUCAAGUUAUCAUUUCUUAUUUGUUAAGGUACCUUAGCCUAUAUUAUGAUAUGGUACCUGAUUUGUAUAUUUAAUAAUUGUUCAGCAAAUCCGUCCUGGUAACCAAUGCAAUGUGGUUUGACGCAAGGUUACAUACCUUUAUUCAAGUGAUCAUAUUUCUGAUCUCUUUGUAAAUUUAACUGUUUAAUAGAACCGUCCUGAUAAUCUUUGCUUUGUAAAUAAAAUGUAAAGACUGUAAAGGAAUUUUUUAUGCCUAACAAUAAAUAUUUUGUACUCAAAGUAAAAUUUACAUGUGAAUUCAAUGUAAUCCAAAUAGCAUUGACUUGUGCUAAUUAUGAGGUUGUAACUGUGGAAAACGUUUUCAAUUUCUCAUUAUAUCAAAAUAUGGAGGGAUAGAAGCUAGCUAAUUAGAAUAAAAAGGGAAUUAUUAGACAUUGUUUUUUUAAUAAAUUAAUGGAUCUUUUCUGUUGUUUUUUAUGGAACCAGAUUUAAUUUAGAUUUGUAACAUUUCAAAAAAAGUGCAAUAGAGUUGUAAAAGCCAUAAUAAAAUAUGAUAAUGUUGUGAAAAAUAAGAAAAUCUUUUGCUUUAAGAUUGUGAUCAUUUUGUCAAAUGAUAUUUAAUAAUUAGUGUUUGACUAUAAUUGUUGUACAAAAUCUAUUUCAACAAUAAACAACUUUAUAAAAGAUUA